UUUCAAAUUCAGGAACCUGCGAUUUGAGGAAUUAUGAGGAGAACAGUGGAGUCUCGAGAUAAAUCCAACAAGGCUGAGAUGGAAGAAUCACGUCGCCCCAAUGUGUCAGAGGUGCCUCAACUGGAUCCAAAAGGGUUACAUGCCCAACCUAAAUGGAAGACACAUGCUGAGUACUUAGCUCAGAAAGACAGAAAUGAGCUGUUAGAGAAGAUAGACGAACUUCAACAGCGGACCCAGGCGAUGCGGGUUAUGAUCAAAAACCUAACGGCAGAAGUGCAGGAUCGGGAAAAAAGAGGGGACCAUCUGAAAGAGCAGAAUAAGAUCAUUCGUGAUGAACUGGCCCAGUUUGAAUCUCAUAUACUCCAAAAACAGGCCGAGAUAAAGACUCUGCUGGAAGAACUUCGAGAAGCUCAGGAAAAGGGGAAAAUUACAGCUGACGAGAACCAGCGCCUGAGAGAAGGAGAGGUUGGACGUCAGGCAGCAAUGUUUGAACUUCAGGAACUCAUCAGUGUUAAAGAUGAGGAAAUCCAGAAGUUUAAACGCUCACAGCAUGAGCUUCAGAAAAGUGUAGUCUCUCUGACUGAGCAGAACAAGACGUCCAGCAAUGAGCUUGCUCGACUUGAGUCUCUGGCAGCAAAACUAAAUGAGGAGAAGAGAAACAUGCAGAAAGCUGAACGGGAUCUUCGGAUCCAAGUGGAGGUGGAUAAUGAACAAAUCCACAAAAUGGAGGAGCACAUAACGAACCUAACCAGGCAAAUCGCUUAUAAUCAGGAACAGUUAAAUGAAUAUCACAUCCUAACAACUGAUCAGAGGCAAAAGGUCUCUGAUCUUACAGGCCAGCUAGAGGUGAAGCAAGAAGAGGCGAUACUAGCUAGCGUUGAGCAGCAGAGAGAUGAGAUUUUAUUUGAGACGACAUUGGACGAUCAGAGCGAUGGCACCUGCUUUGCCGCUACACAUGGGGAUCAGAGCGAUGGCAUCUUCUAUGAUAAUACAUCGGACGAUCAGAGCUAUGACAGUGUCUGGGAGACUACAUCUGAGGAUCAGAGUGAUGAGUGCCUCCCAGAGAAACCAGCUUCUGUGUUUUGGACCAAGAGUUUCUGGUGGAACACUGCUAAAGUUGUAGGUGUGUCACUUGCCAUAGCCGUUGUGGGUAUAGGUGCCUAUAACGCCUAUUUCUGAUGGACUAUGCCUUUAACAAGCUACUGCCCUUCUGCCACCACAUUGUACCUCCUCCCGCCUAAACUAGAAUCCCUACAAACUACAACUCCACUUUAAAUCCUAACAACAGGUUCAUUUAUAGAUAUAGAUUAUGAAUGUGAUAAACAUAAUUUAUAUUUAUAAAUGAAUGGGCACGGUGGUGGAGUGGUGAGCACUGUCACCUCACAGGAGGCGGGCCUUUCUGUGUGUAGUUUGCAUGUUCUCUCCGUGUCUGCAUGGGUUUUCUCCGGGUACUCCGGUUUCCUCCCACAGUCCAAAGACAUGCGGCCCGACAUGCGGCCCAGGAGUGAGUGUGAAUCAUGACCUCUCACCUGACGUGAGCUGUGAAGGCUCAUACUGGUUGAGAGGUAUAGGUGGCUGUGGCUCAGGAGGUAGAGAGGAUCGUCUGCUAAUCGUGAAGAUUGGUGGUUCGAUUCCCGGCUCCUCCAGUCUGCAUGUCGAAGUGUCUUUGCAUGGACAAGAUACUGAACCUGAAAUUGUUCUGAAGGCUGUGCCAUCGGUAUGUGUGAAUGAGCUGCUGCUGCCCUACGGCGACUAACAACAGGUUCAUUUAUAGAUAUAGAUUAUGAAUGUGAUAAACAUAAUUUAUAUUUAUAAAUGAAUGGGCACGGUGGUGGAGUGGUGAGCACUGUCACCUCACAGGAGGCGGGCCUUUCUGUGUGUAGUUUGCAUGUUCUCUCCGUGUCUGCAUGGGUUUUCUCCGGGUACUCCGGUUUCCUCCCACAGUCCAAAGACAUGCGGCCCGACAUGCGGCCCAGGAGUGAGUGUGAAUCAUGACCUCUCACCUGACGUGAGCUGUGAAGGCUCAUACUGGUUGAGAGGUAUAGGUGGCUGUGGCUCAGGAGGUAGAGAGGAUCGUCUGCUAAUCGUGAAGAUUGGUGGUUCGAUUCCCGGCUCCUCCAGUCUGCAUGUCGAAGUGUCUUUGCAUGGACAAGAUACUGAACCUGAAAUUGUUCUGAAGGCUGUGCCAUCGGUAUGUGUGAAUGAGCUGCUGCUGCCCUACGGCGACUAACAACAGGUUCAUUUAUAGAUAUAGAUUAUGAAUGUGAUAAACAUAAUUUAUAUUUAUAAAUGAAUGGGCACGGUGGUGGAGUGGUGAGCACUGUCACCUCACAGGAGGCGGGCCUUUCUGUGUGUAGUUUGCAUGUUCUCUCCGUGUCUGCAUGGGUUUUCUCCGGGUACUCCGGUUUCCUCCCACAGUCCAAAGACAUGCGGCCCGACAUGCGGCCCAGGAGUGAGUGUGAAUCAUGACCUCUCACCUGACGUGAGCUGUGAAGGCUCAUACUGGUUGAGAGGUAUAGGUGGCUGUGGCUCAGGAGGUAGAGAGGAUCGUCUGCUAAUCGUGAAGAUUGGUGGUUCGAUCCCCGGCUCCUCCAGUCUGCAUGUCGAAGUGUCUUUGCAUGGGCAAGACACUGAGCCUGAAAUUGUUCCGAAGGCUGUGCCAUCGGUAUGUGUGAAUGAGCUGCUGCUGCCCUACGGCGACUAACAACAGGUUCAUUUAUAAAUAUAGAUUAUGAAUGUGAUAAACAUAAUUUAUAUUUAUAAAUGAAUGGGCACGGUGGUGGAGUGGUGAGCACUGUCACCUCACAGGAGGCGGGCCUUUCUGUGUGUAGUUUGCAU